AUGCACCUCACCGGCACCGGCAGGAGGAGGCGCCCCUUUUUCCCCCUCUCCCGUUCCCCCGCACACCCCGCCCGCCCGCCUCCCCACCCUCCUCUGCCCCGCCCGCGCCUCCGCCGCCCCGCCCCGCCGCGCGCGCAUGGAGCCCAGCUCGUACUCCGGCGCCGGCGGGAAGAUCCGGCGCCGCCCCUUCUCGCGCGCCUCCGCCACCCCCUACGACCGCCCCCGGCCGCCGCCGCCGCGCAGCGCCUCGCGGCCGCCGCGGCUGCCGCGGGCAGCACCGCCGCCUACCAGGGCGGCGAGGGCGGCGGCGGGUGGGUGUCCAGGCUCGUCGACCCCGCGUCGCGCCUCAUCGCGGGCGGCGCCUCGCGGCUCUUCUCCACGGUGUUCCGCAAGCGCCUCGCCCCCGCGCCCGCGCCCGCUCCGGCUCCCGCUGCGCUCGAGCCCCCCGCGUCCGCGACUCCCGGUGAGCAUAGGCUUCCUCCUGCCCGCUUCCCCGUAGAUUGA